GCGUUCUUCCUGUCCGGGAGAUUGCUUGUAAGCCUGGGGGCACCAUCUAGUUGUUCUUGAACUCCUCAUUAUGAGCUUUGGAGUGGAUUUAUAAGCAGGUGGAACCGUUCCAAAAAUGAAGAGCUGCUCUGCCAGCGUGGUUUCUCUAUUGCAAAAGAACACUUGAGGCCGACGAGAAAGGAUUGAGGAGGGCCUGAAAGAAACUUGGCCCUGGAAUUGCUUCCCUCGUAAUAACGGCUGGGGAGGGGAUAAACGCUUGAACACCUCUGCUCGAGAUUCGUGAGUGUUUCACAUCGUAUGAGAAAGAGGCGACCUUACAAAAACGGACACAAUUUCUAGGGAGGGAUGCCAAGGAACAUGGUGUCAGACUACUCGGGAAUGGGAUACGAAAUUCCUUCGGAGGUCCAGUUUGGGAACUUGGAAAAAACGCAUCAUCUGGAGAGUGGGAAAAGUUGCCCCGAUCGAAAACACUCGAUUUUGGAUGAAGAUGAACGGUUGAAAGAGCUAACUCACGAAGAAAAGGAUGUCCUACUGUUUUUCGAAGAAACGAUUGACUCUUUGGAUGAUGAUAUGGAGGAAGAAGGCUUGCAUGACAGCGGGGUCUUCUGCAGUUCUCCAAAGUUGGUAGAAGAAAACACACCUGACCAUCCAGAGUCUGAAGAGCUCAUAGAAUUGGUCCCGUCAGCACCCGAGAACAGCACAGAACCAGCAUCGGAGGAAACUUGGAAGCCGGAUGAGCCAAAACUGGAAGACGUUGAACCAUCAGAGGAAGAUGUCCAUGUUAAUCCAGUGUCUCUUCAGCCAACACCGCCUCCACCACCUCCAUUGCCGGUCUGUGAGGUGUAUCCUUUUCAGCCUACUGUACUGCAUCCAAAGCUCCUUCACUCCAUCCCCACGCCACUUUUGAUUGCCGAGAAAUUGUCUGAGCGGAAGGCAGAAGGCAGUUCUUCCUUGCUUCCCGCUCCAAAGGAAAGGAGCCCCAACACGAGGAGGGCCCUCUCCACUUCCUCCACCCUGUGCAGUUGGGAGCAGGUCAAGCCUUGUGCCCCACCUCCAACUGCUCCCAAACCCCAGAGAUUCCCGAGUAACAUCAGCUUCACUAAUGCCAGCGAGCGGGAAUUCAACAAAACCAUCUCCAAGGCAGCCGUCAACGUUCAAGAGCGCAAGGCUCAAGUGUUGGCCAACGUCAACGCUUCAGCCUUGCUGAUGAAUGAGUUGGAAGAGAGAUUGCAGAAGCGUGGACUUCUGGGUCCCAGCCAAAGCUUGCCUUUACGAGAUUUACCUUCGGAGUCCAUGGGCCACGAACCCUUGAGUAGUUUAAGCCUGGUUGAGAAAACUCUUGCUCGGGCCCACCUCGUCCACCCUCUCCACGUCCUUUCCGUAAAGGACGAGAGGUCCGAACAAGGAUGCGGCGCACCAAAUGGCUAUCAAAACAUCCACGAAAUCAUGAAAAGGGAUCCAAAUUUGUUACCCAACCUGAACAAAACAAUGACUCUCAAGCCAGAUGCUGACUUUGUGGAUGGCAAGUCUGCCUGGCCAAGUAUUUCUGGACAACCCCAACAAGACCUCAUCCUUGACAUGCAGAGAAAGUUGAGCUCAUUACCCAAAUCUGGAGGACUCCAAUCCAAAGGUAUCACGGUACAAUUUUCCGGCCGUGGAUCAACAGAAAAAGCCCGGAGGGAGGCUCUACAAAAACUGGGACUUCUGAAAGAAUAGUGGCGUGAGAAGAACAUCUAAAGAACAUUAGGUGCCCGAAGACCAGGGGUGAAAUCUAAAAAUUUUCCCUACCGGUUCUGUGGGCGUGGCUUAAUUGGUGAGCGUGGCUUGGUGGUCAGAUGACUGGGUGGGCGUGGCCAAUAACAAUAAAUAAUAAAAAUAAUAAACAAAGUAUAAAAAACAAUAAGAGGUACCAAAAACCAACUUUCACACUUUACACACACACAACACAACUGACACACACACACACACACACACAAAAUGCCACAUACAGCUUUCUGAGAUUUUGUGUGUUUGUGUAGUUAGAGGGAAACACUACAGAAACACAUCAAAUCUCAGAAAGCUGCACAAAUAUUUUAUUUUAUUAUUUUAUUUUAUUUUAUUGUGGACUUCAAUUCCCAGAGUUCCUCAGCCAGCAAAGCCAGCCAGCAUUAGUUGAUCACUGAAGAAAUAGAUUAGCUAAGCAAUUGAUUCUGUCUGGCUGAAAGUGAAACUGGGGCUUUCGGGCUGGAAAAAAAGCCAUGCGUUCAUCAGUAAUCAGGUAAGUGCCUUAGAAUCUCUACUCUUACUUGUAGAAAACAUGUUUUCUACAAGUAAGAGUACAAGUAAGGUUCUCUGAUGAGGAACUCAGGUGAGAUCGCCAGAGGAGACUUUAAAUUUUUUUUUAAGUUUAAAGGCUCUGCCGAUCUCAGCUGAGGGGCGGGUUCCUCAAAGGCUUUUUUUUACUUUUAAAGGCAUGUUUCGGCUGAAGAAAAACCGGCUUUUAAAAGUAAAAAAAAAAACCUCUGCUGAUGGUGCGGCUCAGCAGAGGCAGGAGGGGUGAGGCCAGGGAUUUUUGCUACCAGUCCUCCGAACCAGCAGCCACCAUCGCUACCAGAUCGCGUGAGCCAGUCCGAACCGGGAGCAUUUCACCCCUGCUGAAGACAGAUUCCAAUGAAAUCCAUUCUGUUUAUCAUGCAGGCAAAGGAAAUAUUAAGUGUUUGGAGCGCCACUGUUCUCUGCUGGCAUUUAGGAUGGAUGUCCUUGAUGUGAACUCACUGUGCUCUCAAAGGCAGUUCCUGAAAGCCCGUGUAAAAAUGAGAGUGUCAAGCUAAACGAAGGCCAGUGGGCAGUCUGUGUGUAAGCCAUGUGUGCAUCACUGGCCACGUACGUCAAAAUCCCUUGGAUAAAACCUAGAAGACCCCAAGAAGACUAUUAAGGAAUUCUAUCAGGAUAAAUGUAUAUAUCCCCCCCCCACAUAUCGGACAGUUCAAAUUUGUAAUAAACCUGCUAUCUCCGAUCGUCGCAACUAUUUAACGCCGCACACCGACUGCAGAUCAUUGCUUCUGGCAGAAUAGCUGGCGAGACUAGCCAACUUAUUCAGUUUGGUUGAUCGCUUGAAAAAUAUCGGGCCUGCUGGAUUUGACAAAAGGCCCCAUUGCACCCAGUAUUGUUUCCUGUAGCUUCCCGGUCUCUGUGCUGCUGAAAAUCAAUUGUGUAAAAAUGAUGGGGGGGACCCCCCGCAACCCAAUAUGUCACAAUUCUGGGUUGCAAUCUUGAACACCCCAGUUUCCUGACCUGCUGUUUCCUCUCCCAUGUCUAAUACAGGAUAAGCUACCUGUAUUAAGGUAACACAGCCCAACCUGAACACUUUCCAGAUGUGCCUGGUGUUGAAGUCCACACAUCUGGAGAUUGCCCAGAUAUAGGCUCACAUAAGCUCUUAGAACUAGGUACCCAGCUGUCCAUGGAGCCUACCAAAGAGCGAAGGAACCAGUGAAACAAAUAACUGAUAUAGGUAGCCUUCCACUUACGACGGUUCGUUUAGUGACUGAAGUUCACUAAAGCCCAAAAAUUUCUGUUGUUAAGUGUGAGGUUUGUUAAGUGAGUUUUGCUCCAUUUUACGACCUUCCCGGCCGCAGCUGUUAAGUGAGUCACCGCAGUUGAUAAGAUAGUAACCCGGUUGUUAAGUGCAUCUUGAUUUCCCAUUGACUUUCGUCAAAAGAUCGCAAAGGACCACGGAACACUGCAACUGUCCUAAAGCCUCUUAAUCACAUGAUCAUGGGGAUGAUGCAUAACUUCGAAUGUUCACCCAAUGAACUGAGCCGGGCCUCCUGCCAGAAAGUGACUUGGAAAGUGAGGGGAAAGGGCCAUCAGGACUUACGUCAGGAGCACCGGCUUCCCUGGCUCAGCUCCAGGAGCCAGAGGCAGGCCAGGUGGAAGAGAUAAGGAGGCCUCCAUCUCCUGACUUUCCCACGCCCAGGCCACGCCUUCAGACUCAGCUGAUGGCAAUCAGGCUUGGUUGGACCCUAGGUUUCAUAGACAGGAGAGGAGGGAACAACAGAAACAGGGGUGGGGCAGGCCUAGGAAGUGCUGAGUCAUGGAGCCACACCCCACAGGAUAUAACGGCAGCCAGAGCUGCUGUGCCUCUUCGUAGCAGGCAAAUCAACUGAUUAACUAAGAGCUGAAGUUUGUUCCUGGGUGACUCAUUGGCGUCGAGGGAGAUAACAGAGACACUUGGCAGGCGCUCGCUAUUUUGCUGCCAGAGCUGAUAGUGCCGGCUAAUUAAGCCAUCACUCAGACGGAGGCGAAGGAGGACAGAACAAUAUAUUUAAUAGCCACUCUGAGGCUGGCUCACAGUUGCGUUCUUCUCAUCCCGAGGCGACCUUGAAACGGUGUCUUGGAGUAGUGCCUUCACUAUGUAACUUUAACUUCCCCCCCACCCCGAAGCACUUCCUCUCUCUCUCUCACACACACAUACACACUUGCAGGGGUAGGAUUAAAAAAUUUCAGCAACUGGUUCGCUGCCCAGUUGCUGAGUGGGUGUGGCCAUGGGGGCAUGGCCUACUCAGCCUCCUGCACCAUGGCGGGGGGGCGUUUUUGCCCUCCCCAGGCUCUGAAGGCUUUCCUGGAGCCUCCAGCAGGGUGAAAACAGCCUCCCCAGGGGCACCAGAGGCCCUCCGGAGGCUGGAAAUGAGCCCGUUUCCGAAACUUCCGAUUCUUCUGGUAGGUCCGUUUUUCAUCCUCCCCGAGUCUCCGUGCAUGCCCUGCACUUAUCUGGCAUCCAAAACGGGCCACGUGGAGACUCCUGGGAGGAGUGAGCGGGGUGAUCCAGUCCUCGGAACAACCGGUUUGGCAAACCAAAUUAAAAUUAACAUCCGGUUCGCCCGAACCGAUCCGAACCGGCUGAAUCACCCUUGCACACACGGGUUCAUGGCAGCCUAGUACCGAAUGGAAGAUGUGAAGUGACAGCUCUGACAUUAUGGAUCUUGGGGAUGCGGCCACAGCUCUCUUACUCCAGUGAGUAGCCCUGGAAGGUAAGAAAUUGCCCUGGAGUGAUAGGAAACAGAGCCCUUUCUGGGACCCAAUGCCCUCCUUACCUGUCGGAUCCUUUCAGCUAAGGCGUAUUGUAGCGACAAUGCUGUGAAUUCUCAUUUCAUCUCAAGCCCUCUAGUCGACGCGGUUUGACGACGGCUUGCGGAUCCAGAGUAAGCUAGUCAUGUUGACCUCAUACUGAAGCAAUAGCAUUGCCUGUGAUUUCAAUAGAAUAAAUAUCUUUCU